CUCAUAAGCUAAUUCGUACAAAUAGGUUUUCUUUACCUUUAUCAUUUUCAUCUAAAUUAAAAAAAACUCUCCAGAUCCAAUUACAAGGGGAGGUUCAUCAGAAACUCCCAAUUCAUAAACUGAAACAAAUACGAACAUUCAAAUCCGAGAGAGCUUCUUUUGUUUGAUUGAUAUCUCUUUUUUUCUCGUUGAUCUGUGGUUUUUAUUUGUGGAUUCCACUCUCAACCACUCAGAUUGAUCUCAGCCUUAUUGAUCUAUCUGCUGACUUGAGAUUCCGCAAAAUUAGGGCUCUGUUAUACAUAUUUUUUUUUUUCAUUUCCGUCAAGUGUUUGUGUGUGUGUGUGUCUUGUAUCAAUAGAUGAACAACGAUCUGAUGAAUCCUCCACCGCCUCAGCAGAGGAUGAAUCCGCCGCCGCCGUUGCAGGUUAUGAAUCCGGUUCAGCCUCGUAUUAUGAACCAGGCUCCCUUACUAAACCAGUCCCAAAGCUUGAACCAUACGGUUAUGGUUAUGAACCAGCAGCCACAGGCUAUGUUGAACAACAACAACCAACCUCUGAUGAUGAAUCCCCGUAACUAUAACCUUAACCCUAGCUUGAGCUCCGAGUAUCACAACCAGCCUAACAACUUCCCCUCCAAAAUGAACCGUAACAACAACAACUGGAAAGGGAAGAAGAUCGCGAACGACAAGAGACCUCCGAUGAUGAGGAUGCGUAACAACAACAACUCCGCUAUUCCGAUCUACAACCCCGGUGGUUACAAGCCGCCCGCGCUCAACGAGCUCCAAUCUCAGAACCGGCUGAAAACGAGGAAGUUCUACCCGAAGAAGAAGUACGGCGCUAAUAAUAACAAUAACAAUAACCGUUACGUCCCUUACGCUCCGAGGAACACGACGUCGUUUAUCAUUCGAGCGAAGAAAUCCGGCGGAAUCGCCGAGCUGGUGUCUCCGUCCCCCUUGACGCCCGCCGUGCUCCCGACGCCGAUGUUCUCUCCGUCGAGGGAGGUGCUGGGAGACAUGGCGAAGGAGGAGUGGGGUGUCGACGGUUACGGAUCCAUGAAGGGGCUGAUUAGGCUUAGAUCUGAUGGACAUGAGCUGGAGCCGUACGAUGAUGAUGAGGUGGAAGAGGAAGGUGAUGGAUCGAGUGAGAGUGAUGUGGAGGAGCAUGUGGAGGUUGAGAGGAGGAUUGACCAUGAUUUGAGCAGGUUUGAGAUGAUUUAUCCGAGUUACGGUGGCGGGUCUGAGUAUAACAAUGUGUUGGAGAAUCGGGUGGAUGAUCAGGAUAGUCAUAUUGCGCAGCUUGAGGAGGAGAACUUGACGUUGAAGGAGAGGCUGUUCUUGAUGGAGAGGGAGUUGGGUGAUUUGAGGAGGAGGUUGCAGUAUCUGGAGAGGAGGAACAUGGUUGCUGGAGAUGUUAAUGAAGAGGUUGUUGAGAAUGAGUCUGAAAGUGAGGGUGAUGACACAGGAGGGUCUGAUGCACGUACUAGUGGGGAUACAAAGGAGAAUCUUGUUGUUGCAGAAGACGUUUGUAUGCAGGAUGUUGGGGCGAAAGAAAAUAAUGACAGCAAGAGCAAAGCGGAUGAAGCAAAAGAGACCCAACAUACUAUUGGUAAGGAACAGGGUGAAAAGGGUUUUGAACAAUGCGAGGAAGCCAAUCCGGUUAUGGUUGGUAUGGAUCAGAGUAAGGGAAAUGAGAUGGCGAUUGAGAAGGUUGAAGAUGCAUCAGAGAAUGAUUCUAUUGGAGAACAAGGAACCACCAUAUGAUAUGAUUACUUUGACAGUCGUUUUAGUGAUGGAUCUCUGAAGCUCUCUCUAUAUGAUGUAUAUGUCAAAAUGUGCUUGUCUUAUUAGGCGUAGUCUUAGUUAUCUCAUCGCUUAUGGUAUCAGAUUCAGGAGAGUUGCUUUCCCCCGGUGAAGUUCAUAUGAAGGAAGACAUGCAUAAGUAUCUGUGUCUUGGUUUGAGGCAGCUGAAGAGAGCUGGAGCUUGAAUAGAAUCUCCGAGUUGCUUCGGGCCGGAACUGCGUCUGAGAACUAAUAACGCGUCCAAGUUUGGGCCCAUAUGGGUCAGUGGAUUGAGCUAUUUUAAUGUCUAUUAUACCAACCGAACUUCUAAUAGAAGAGGCUUAUUCAAUAUGUCAAUAUGAAGAAUGGUCUCAGUUCUCACUUCGAUAAUUAUAAACGGAAGCGUUAAAUUUUGAAUUA